UCAGCGAUGUCCUGCGGCACAGCAGACACAACACAGAAACUUGUCAUGACUCAUUCUGCUUUCCCCGCUGCGCGUUCACCUGGGUAAGCUCUGUUAAUCAUCGUCUCGAUCUCGUCGAUCAGGUCGUCGAGUGGUUUCUUGUAGGGGUCUUCCUGCGGUGCGAUAAAAGUGAAGCAUGCCUUGGCGACGUUCAGAUCCAGCAGCUCCUCCUCACUCGCCUCCCUGGCCGCUGUCAGGAUCGUGCUCAUGAUCUCGCCAUGUGUCUCCCGCUCCUUCGCCAGCCCCUUCUGCACCAGCUUCUCCCGCACUCGCUCCUCUUGCUUCCCUGCCGUGUCCAGCAACUCCGUCAUCUCGCACUUGCCGCGCAUCCACGUAUUGACGAACAAACCAUCACCAACACCCCUGCACAGGCCCCAUCCGCGCAGCCGCCCCGCCAUCUCCCUGUGGCCCGCCAGCGCCGCGAAUGCCACGGACACAACGACACCGUAUGUGUCGGUCCCUUGCCAACGUGGCGGGUAGUGCUCCCCUCGGGCACGUGACAGGAAGUAGUCGACAGGCACGUACGUGAGUGGCGUGCUGAUGACGUGGGCUGGGUUGACGGUCUGGGCCACCGGGUCCUCAUUCAGCUCCCGCACGCACUCGUGGUCAAUGUGCUUGACCUCGAUGUGGUGCGUGUCGCCGGUGACCAUCAGGUUGGCAGCGUGCAUGUCGCCAUGCACCAGCGUGACGGCCCCCGCGCCCCUCUCCCACAGACUCGGCACCUUUGAGCGGAAGCGAGGGUACUCCUUGGGGCCAUCCUUCUGGAAUAUCGGGGAAAGCGGGUAAUCGGGCAGCUCGGUGCCCUCGGGGAGGGGCGGGAACGAGUGCCGGCGAUGCAGGGCUUGGACGGCUUUGAGAGCGUCGAGCAGGCCGCGAUGGAUCACCUCUCGGCUCGUCGAGGCGACGGCGCUCAUCAUGGACGAGCUCAGCGUCUUGCUCCACGUCUUGCUCCCCCACAGCUCGUAGCCGGCCGGCGGGACGAGGGGUGUUGAUGUGCUGGCGGACAGAGUGGUGGCGGCUCGGGCGACGGCGAACUGCCAGAGGUUCAGAGCGUCCUCACCAGCGAACUCUGAAAAAACACACGGAACCCAGUAUUCCCAGUGACGACACCACACACGUCUUUUUCUGUGUCCUUACUAAGAAGUUCGACGGCAUAGUAUACCCCCCGAACCUCCAGUUCCGUCGGCUCGCCCUCUCCCUGGACACCGCACCUCUUAUCCUUGUCCAUCGGCCAGAGCUUCAGGGUCAUCGGCUCGUCCUCCCUCACGUAUCCGCGAGAGAGGAGUCGCGGCAGCUUCAGCUGGUCGCCGAUGCGAUGCAGGAGCUGCGCCUCGUCCUCCAGGCAGCGGCAUGCCUUGAGCAUCUGUAUGGCCGUCGCAUCGUCAUUCUUGAGCGGGGCCUUCUCCAGCACUUUCCGCAACUUGUUAGGCACCAGGAGGCGGAUGACGGCGUCUGUGCCAUCGACGCUCCCGCGCAGCUGUAGCACCCUCUCGUUGAAGAAAAACGCUCCCGUCAGCUGGUGCUUGUCCAGCGGGCGUGCGAGGGAUGCGGGGACGGGCUGAGCCAGAUCGCUGGGCUCACUCUCAGCGGCCGCAUCGUCGCGGAUGGAUGCCUCCUCCUGCCCGUGUAGGGGUGCGGUGGCGGGCGGUGCCGGCUCGUUUCGGUCACUGUCGGUAGCCGCCUCUCCUGCCGCCUCGACAACAACUGCACGAACACACACAUCACACGUGCAGACAGCAAAGUGAAUGAUGAAUCAAGUCACACUUUGUUCGCCCUCUUGUUGUCCACCCAUCCAUUCGUACCUCGGCUAGGCACGCUGGGCUCGUCACUGUCGCCCACAGGCGACUCGCUGGGCGCACUGGCGGCAGGGGCACUCUCCGCAAGUCCCUGAGGCUCCUCCUGCCGUGGCGGCUCGCCAGCCGCCUCGUGGUCCCUCUCCUCCUCCUCCUCCUCCUCCUCCGGCUGGCUGGGGUGUGCGGCAAGGGCCUCCGAGGCCCUCUCCUCCUCCUUGACGUCCUCCUCCCUCUCCCGCCUCUCCGUCUCCCUCCUCUCCCUCUCCCUCCCCUCUCCCUCCCUGGCCUUCGACGCAGGCUGCACCGCUGGGGUGGCCAUCGGGAUGGCGGCGAUGUUCGGCCGGAUGGGCCCGGCGUGGCGUGGCGGUGCUGCUGCUGUCUGAGGGGCACGGUGGGGCGCCAUUGUGGCGGCGGGUGGAACAAAGCCCCAGCCAAGGGCAUGCGCGGCCGGUGCAGGCGGGUUGUAGAAGUGGUGCUGCAU